CUUCUCUUCGCUUUGCAUCCUCUCGUUCUCUCACAUUUGGGACAGAGAGAGAGAGGAAGAGAUCAAUUCUCUGGUGGGCGAUUAGCUCUUAGUUUCAGAAAAACAUCAAAACUAACCGUUAACAGUGGAAACCCUAAAACGUUAGUGAAAGAGAAGGAAAAAAAUUGCGAAUUUGUCGUGGUUUGGAUGAAAAUUAAUCCAAGAUUGCACCGACUCUAACCCUAGCUGGUCUUCUUCAUAUUUGUUCCGGUUGAGUGGUUCAGCGAUCUGCGGUAACGAUGGAUAUUCGAUUUCCGUACUCCCCGGCGGAGGUCGCCAAAGUUCGGGUUGUCCAGUUUGGCAUUCUCAGCCCCGAUGAGAUCAGGCAAAUGUCGGUUGUGCAGAUCGAGCACAGCGAGACGACGGAGCGAGGGAAGCCAAAGCCUGCCGGGCUCAGCGACCCUCGGUUGGGUACGAUUGACCGGAAGAUGAAGUGCGAGACUUGCAUGGCUAACAUGGCCGAGUGUCCUGGCCAUUUUGGGCACCUCGAGCUUGCCAAACCCAUGUUCCAUAUAGGGUUUUUGAAGACUGUUCUCAGUAUUAUGCGAUGUGUUUGCUUCAAUUGCUCUAAAAUCCUCGCUGAUGAGGAGGACUCCAAAUUUAAACAAGCUCAGAAAAUUAGAAACCCCAAAAAUAGACUUAAAAAAAUAUUGGAUGCCUGCAAAAGCAAAACCAAAUGUGAAGGUGGUGAUGAAAUUGACACCCAAGGUCAAGAUUCUGAUGAACCUGUUAAGAAGAGUCGAGGGGGUUGUGGUGCUCAGCAGCCAAAGAUCACUAUUGAAGGUAUGAAAAUGAUUGCUGAAUACAAGAUUCAGAAGAAGAAGACUGAUGACCCUGAGCAGCUUCCUGAACCCGUUGAGAGGAAACAGCAGCUCUCUGCUGAAAGGGUUCUAAAUGUCCUCAAGCGCAUAAGUGAUGAAGAUUGCUUGUUGUUGGGCUUGAAUCCCAAGUAUGCCCGUCCAGAUUGGAUGAUUCUGCAAGUCCUUCCAAUACCGCCACCUCCAGUGAGACCUUCUGUGAUGAUGGAUACUUCUGCAAGGAGCGAGGAUGAUUUAACCCAUCAGUUGGCUAUGAUCAUUAGACAUAAUGAAAACCUGAGGAGACAAGAGAGAAAUGGGGCUCCUGCACACAUAAUUUCUGAGUUUGCACAGUUGUUGCAGUUCCAUGUUGCUACAUAUUUUGACAACGAGCUUCCGGGUCAGCCAAGAGCUACACAGCGAUCUGGCCGCCCAAUCAAAUCUAUAUGCAGUAGGCUUAAGGCUAAGGAGGGACGUAUUAGGGGUAAUUUGAUGGGUAAACGUGUGGAUUUCUCAGCUCGUACAGUCAUCACCCCAGAUCCAACCAUCAACAUUGAUGAAUUGGGUGUGCCAUGGAGUAUCGCGUUAAACUUGACGUAUCCAGAAACUGUCACCCCUUAUAAUAUUGAAAGGCUGAAGGAGCUUGUUGAGUAUGGCCCACAUCCUCCUCCUGGGAAAACUGGAGCUAAGUAUAUAAUCAGAGAAGACGGUCAGAGGCUUGAUCUUCGUUACUUGAAGAAAAGCAGUGACCAUCAUCUUGAGCUUGGAUACAAGGUGGAGCGACACCUAAUUGAUGGAGACUUUGUUCUCUUCAAUAGACAACCAAGUCUGCAUAAGAUGUCUAUCAUGGGGCACAGGAUAAAGAUCAUGCCAUACUCAACAUUCCGUUUGAAUUUAUCUGUGACAUCCCCAUACAAUGCGGACUUUGAUGGAGAUGAGAUGAAUAUGCAUGUGCCUCAAUCUUUUGAAACAAGAGCAGAGGUCUUGGAGUUAAUGAUGGUACCUAAGUGUAUUGUCUCACCUCAAUCCAAUAGGCCAGUUAUGGGCAUUGUGCAGGACACUCUUUUAGGUUGCCGCAAGAUAACAAAGAGAGAUACAUUUAUUGAGAAGGAUGUCUUCAUGAACAUUUUGAUGUGGUGGGAGGAUUUUGAUGGAAAGAUACCAGCGCCUGCAAUUUUGAAGCCUAGACCUCUUUGGACGGGAAAGCAAGUGUUUAAUCUUAUUAUUCCAAAGCAGAUAAACCUCUUGAGGACAUCAGCUUGGCACUCUGAAACUGAGAAGGGACCUAUAACUCCAGGAGACACUCAAGUUCGAAUAGAAAAAGGAGAAGUGCUCUCAGGCACCCUUUGCAAGAAAACCCUUGGCACAUCUACAGGAAGUCUUAUCCAUGUUAUCUGGGAGGAAGUUGGUCCUGAUGCUGCUCGCAAAUUCCUGGGGCAUACCCAGUGGCUUGUUAACUAUUGGCUACUACAGAAUGGUUUUAGCAUUGGUAUUGGAGAUACAAUUGCAGAUGCUUCAACUAUGGAAAAAAUUAAUGAAACUAUUUCUAAAGCCAAGAAUGAGGUGAAAGAUCUUAUUAAGGCUGCGCAAGAUAAGCAGUUGGAGGCUGAGCCUGGCCGGACUAUGAUGGAAUCAUUUGAGAACAGAGUGAACCAGGUGCUCAACAAGGCUCGUGAUGAUGCUGGAAGUAGUGCUCAGAAGAGCUUAGCUGAGAGUAACAAUCUGAAGGCAAUGGUCACAGCAGGGUCAAAGGGAAGUUUUAUUAAUAUAUCACAGAUGACUGCUUGUGUGGGACAACAGAAUGUUGAAGGCAAGCGUAUCCCAUUUGGCUUCAUAGAUCGUACCCUUCCCCAUUUCACGAAAGAUGACUAUGGACCCGAAAGUCGUGGGUUCGUGGAGAACUCUUACCUACGAGGUUUGACCCCUCAAGAGUUCUUUUUUCAUGCUAUGGGUGGUAGAGAAGGUUUGAUUGAUACGGCGGUUAAAACUUCUGAGACUGGAUAUAUCCAGAGGCGACUAGUGAAAGCUAUGGAAGAUAUUAUGGUCAAAUAUGAUGGUACAGUUAGGAACUCAUUGGGAGAUGUUAUACAGUUUCUAUAUGGAGAAGAUGGUAUGGAUGCAGUUUGGAUUGAAUCUCAGAAGCUGGAUUCUCUUAAAAUGAGGAAGUCAGAGUUUGAUAAGGUGUUCAAGUAUGAAAUUGAUGAUGAGAACUGGAACCCAAGCUAUAUGUUGCCAGAACAUGUGGAGGAUCUUAAAACAAUUCGGGAGUUCCGCAAUGUGUUUGAUGCUGAGGUUCAGAAACUUGAAGCAGAUCGAUUCCAGCUUGGAAAAGAAAUUGCUACAACUGGUGACAACUCUUGGCCUAUGCCUGUGAAUCUCAAACGGCUUAUCUGGAAUGCACAGAAGACAUUUAAGGUUGACUUGAGAAGACCUUCUGAUAUGCACCCAAUGGAGAUUGUGGAAGCUGUCGAUAAGCUUCAGGAGAGACUCAAGGUUGUCCCUGGUGAGGAUUUGCUGAGCAUGGAAGCACAGAAAAAUGCCACCACAUUCUUCAACAUUCUUCUCCGAAGCACAUUUUCUAGUAAGAGGGUGUUGAAAGAGUAUAGGCUUACCCGUGAAGCAUUUGAGUGGGUUAUUGGUGAGAUAGAAUCACGAUUUUUGCAGUCACUUGUGGCUCCUGGAGAAAUGAUUGGAUGUGUUGCUGCCCAGUCUAUUGGUGAGCCUGCCACUCAGAUGACUCUAAACACCUUCCACUAUGCUGGUGUGAGUGCAAAAAAUGUCACUCUUGGAGUACCUAGAUUGAGGGAAAUUAUUAAUGUGGCCAAAAAAAUCAAAACCCCUUCUCUGUCUGUCUACUUGAAGCCUGAAGUCAGCAGGACAAAAGAAAAGGCCAAGAAUGUCCAGUGUGCUCUGGAAUACACUACAUUACGCAGUGUAACACAGGCUACUGAAGUGUGGUAUGAUCCAGACCCAAUGAGCACAAUCAUUGAAGAGGAUGUUGAUUUUGUCAAGUCUUAUUAUGAAAUGCCAGAUGAAGAAAUUGCCCCGGAGAAAAUUUCUCCAUGGUUACUCCGUAUAGAGUUGAAUCGUGAGAUGAUGGUUGAUAAGAAGCUGAGCAUGGCUGACAUUGCGGAGAAGAUCAAUCUUGAGUUUGAUGAUGAUUUGACCUGCAUUUUCAAUGAUGAUAAUGCUGAAAAAUUGAUCCUCCGCAUCCGUAUCAUGAAUGAUGAAGCUCCUAAAGGGGAGUUGCAGGAUGAAUCUGCAGAAGAUGAUGUUUUCCUCAAAAAGAUUGAAAGCAACAUGCUGACAGAAAUGGCCCUUCGCGGCAUCCCCGAUAUUAACAAGGUGUUCAUCAAAUCUGGUAAAGUGAAUAAAUUUGAUGAUAAUGAAGGAUUCAAGCCUGAGAAUGAGUGGAUGCUUGACACGGAAGGUGUCAACCUCUUGGCUGUUAUGUGCCAUGAAGAUGUUGAUGCUAGGAGGACAACUAGCAAUCAUUUGAUUGAAAUCAUUGAAGUUCUGGGAAUAGAAGCAGUUCGUCGGUCCUUGCUGGAUGAGUUACGAGUUGUCAUAUCUUUUGAUGGAUCAUAUGUAAAUUACAGGCACCUGGCUAUAUUGUGUGACACUAUGACUUACCGAGGUCACUUGAUGGCCAUCACUCGCCAUGGUAUUAAUCGAAAUGACACUGGACCGCUGAUGAGAUGUUCAUUUGAGGAAACAGUGGAUAUUCUUCUUGAUGCUGCUGUGUAUGCCGAAACAGAUUACCUUAGGGGUGUAACUGAAAAUAUUAUGCUGGGUCAACUUGCGCCAAUCGGUACCGGAGAUUGUGCCCUUUAUCUAAAUGAACAGAUGCUGCAGCAAGCUAUUGAUAUCCAGCUUCCUAGUUACAUGGAAGGUUUGGACUUUGGCAUGACUCCUGCCCGUUCGCCGAUUUCAGGGACCCCUUUUCAUGACGGGAUGAUGUCACCUAAUUAUUUGCUAAGCCCAAAUCUCCGUCUUUCACCUGUUACAGAUGCCCAGUUUUCUCCAUAUGUUGGUGGGAUGGGCUUCUCUCCUACAUCGUCUCCUGGUUACAGCCCUUCUUCUCCAGGAUAUAGUCCCUCAUCACCUGGAUAUAGCCCGACUUCCCCUGGGUACAGCCCAACUUCCCCUGGGUAUAGUCCAACUUCACCUGGUUACAGCCCCACCUCCCCAACAUAUAGUCCAAGCUCUCCAGGAUAUAGUCCUACGAGCCCUACAUAUUCUCCUACAAGUCCAUCCUACUCCCCCACAUCACCUAGUUAUAGUCCAACUUCUCCUAGUUACAGCCCUACUUCUCCCAGUUACAGCCCUACAUCUCCCAGUUACAGCCCCACCUCUCCAAGCUACAGCCCCACUUCUCCGGCUUACAGCCCGACAUCUCCUGCAUACAGCCCAACCUCUCCUGCGUACAGCCCAACGUCACCAUCUUACAGCCCGACCUCACCCUCCUACAGCCCGACCUCGCCAUCUUACAGCCCAACCUCACCAUCAUAUAGCCCAACCUCACCCUCCUACAGUCCAACUUCUCCAUCAUAUAGCCCCACCUCUCCUGCCUAUAGCCCAACUUCUCCAGGUUACAGUCCAACUUCACCUAGCUACAGUCCAACUUCUCCAAGCUACAGCCCCACAUCCCCAAGUUACAAUCCUUCAUCAGCAAAAUACAGCCCGUCUCUUGCUUACUCCCCUAGCAGUCCAAGACUAUCACCAUCUAGUCCGUACAGUCCAACAUCACCUAAUUACAGUCCGACAUCACCAUCAUAUUCACCAACAUCUCCAUCAUACUCCCCAUCGAGUCCAACAUACAGUCCCAGCAGCCCUUAUAGCAAGUCUGGUGUUAGCCCAGAUUAUAGUCCAAGUUCACCACAAUACAGUCCAAGUGCUGGGUACUCGCCGAGUGCACCAGGAUACUCACCAUCAUCUACAAGCCAGUACACUCCACAGAUGAGCAACAAGGACAACGGGAGUAAACGCUAGGUUGUAAUAUUCCUCCCAACCCUCUUGACAUCUUGAAAGAAUGUGCUGAAGAGGCGGUUUGGAUCCGGGACCUUGCGGGCUACCAUCUCUGGAAAUUAGGGUGGAAGUCUUUGUAGUCAAGCCUGCCUGUCAUCAGCUUCUCUGCUGGCAAGGAAGUCGUCCGUUCAGUACCCGGAAAAUGCAGUGUUAAUAGGAAGUUGUAGAAUACUGCUGUAGUUUUAGUAUCGAGACAAAGCCCCAAAAUCCUUGGUAUUUAUGGUUACUCUUGAGUUUAACCGUUUUGCAAACUUUAUAUGUAUAUGUAGUUCGGAUUGUCACCGCUAUAAUCGUGUCUUUGUAACUUACUUUGGUAGAACUGCAAAAGUUGAUUGUUCCUCGAGUCUAUUAUGGAAGGCCUUGUCAAGCUUGGCUGGCUUAUACCUUUUCUGUAGACUAUUAUUUAAAGAAAAACUCAUUAUAAACCGAAAGGGCACAAAAUAGAAAAGGUCAUAGGAUUAGUAGAAUCAAUCCCAAUUGUCUCUUUGUAUGGUUUGUUUGAUUCAGACUGUAAUGACAGAUGACAAUAGCAAUGAUGAUGCAAUGCUUUGCGCGUGCCCUCCUGCCUGGUUCUUUUUAUUGA